AUGACGGCAGCCUGGACGCCGGGCACUAAUGAGACAAAUGUCACACACAGUGCUAAACGCCUCAAGGUUGUCUUGCCCGUCAUCAUCGGAGUCAAGCUGGAGUACAGAGAUCUCUUCCCAUCAAGUUUCAACCAAUGUACAAUGUACAAGUGCAUCCUUAGUGGUGACCUUGGUGGUGACCUUGGUGGUGACCUUGGUGGUGACCUUAGUGAGGAUCUUGGUGGUGACCUUAGUGGUGACCUUAGUGGUGACCUUGGUGGUGACCUUGGUGGUGACCUUGGUGGUGACCUUAGUGAGGAUCUUGGUGGUGACCUUAGUGGUGACCUUAGUGGUGACCUUAGUGGUGACCUUGGUGGUGACCUUGGUGGUGACCUUAGUGGUGACCUUAGUGAGGAUCUUGGUGGUGACCUUAGUGGUGACCUUAGUGGUGACCUUGGUGGUGACCUUGGUGGUGACCUUAGUGGUGACCAUAGUGAGGAUCUUGGUGGUGACCUUAGUGAUGACCUUGGUGGUGACCUUAGUGGUGACCUUAGUGGUGACCUUAGUUGUGACCUUAGUGGUGACCUUCGUGGUGACCUUAGUGAGGAUCUUGGUGGUGACGUUAGUGGUGGCCUUCGUGGUGACCUUGGUGGUGGCCUUCGUGGUGACCUUGGUGGUGACCUUUGUGGUGACCUUAGUAAUGACCUUGGUGGUGACCUUCGUUGUGACCUUAGUGGUGACUUUCGUGGUGAGCUUAGUGGUGGCCUUAGUGGUGACCUUAGUGGUGACCUUAGUGGUGAGCUUAGUGGUGACCUUAGUGGUGAGCUUAGUGGUGAGCUUAGUGGUGACCUUAGUGGUGACCUUAGUGAUGACCUUAGUGGUGACCUUAGUGGUGACCUCAGUGGUGACCAUAGUGAGGACCUUAGUGGUGACCUUAGUGGUGACCUUAGUGGUGACCUUAGUGGUGACCUUAGUGGUGACCUCAGUGGUGACCAUAGUGAGGACCUUAGUGGUGACCUUCGUGGUGACCUUAGUUGUGACCUUAGUGGUGACCUCAGUGGUGACCAUAGUGGUGACCUUAGUGGUGACCUCAGUGGUGACCAUAGUGAGGACCUUAGUGGUGACCUCAGUGGUGACCAUAGUGAGGACCUUAGUGGUGACCUUUCUCGCCUCUCUGUCUAG